AUGUUCGACUCGAUGUGGGGCAGCAUGAUGUCGAGCAUGCAGCUUGCGGAGGAGUACCUCAAGCAGGACCCCUUGGAGGCCGAGAAGGACUUCAGCGCAGCAGAGCCCCUCACGGGCCUCGAGAUGUUCGCUCGGGCCAUCGAGACGGUCUUCUGCAGGGUGAAGGUCCGGCUGACCAACACGACGAUUCGUGUGGAGCACAUCCCGAACCCGGACACCGAUUACGGAAUUGCCCUGGAGGUCCGGAUCAAGUUGGUGGACUACUUCGACCAGGUGUGCACGGAGACGGAGAUAGCGGGGGAGACGAUAGCGCAGCGGGUGCACGAGCGGGUGGCCCUGUCGACCAAGCGCAUCAAGCUCUCGGGCACCAGCCUCUACACGGACGAGUUCUCCCUCGCCAAGAACGCCUCGCCCUCCCAGUCCGCCGCAGCCCUGGGUUUGGACUCCAUGGCGGGCUCGCCAGAGAUGCCGCCGCAACACGUCGCCUCUCCGGAGAGUCCUCCGCAGCCGGAGUCGGACCCGAUCCUGAUCUCGCGGCUCCAGGGCCGGCAGGAGAUGAAGCUGCAGCUCAAGCAGGACGAGUCGCUGACGGACCCAAACGUUGAGGUUGAGUUCAACCUGGACCAGAUGCCGCUGUUCCUUUCGCCCAGGCAGGUGAACCUCCUCAUCAAGCUGGCAAAAGGCUUCUACUGCCCAGCGAGCGAAGGAGCUCUAGGUGCUGUCCAUUCCAAGUGCAAGCCCAUGGACUUGCGGGAUUUUGCCCGGGUGGAGCAAGACCUCCAGAGGCAGAUCUCAACCAAGAGGGUGCCCUCGCGAGGCCUGGCAUCCCACACGGGAUGGUCUACCCAUUCUCUCGAUUCGGAUGAGGACUAUCAGCCAAUGACGCGUCAGAGGGCCUUUGUGGAGAGCGGCAGUACCAAUGCCACUUCAGACAUGGAGUCGUCUGCUUCCAGCAUCACCUACCACGCAGCACCAAGACCCAAACAGAGAACAAAAACGAAAAGGCGGUCGUCCCACACGGAGGACACGCUGGUGGACCUGACGCACUUCCGGGUGCGUUGCAGCGCCCUCUACGCCGUCGUCCUCCACGACGACAUAGUGGGUCCCUGCGGGGACAACGCGGCAGCGUCCUCCGGCGGUGGCGGCGUCUGCUGCCCCUCCCCCAACACUGCGGCGCAGAUGCGCGCCCAGGCGGAGGCGUUCUUCGUGGCGCUCACGGGCACGAGCCUCCGUGACCUCGAUGCCAUGCGAGACUUUCUGCUCCGGACCGUCCGCACCAACCAUCUACGGAUUGCGGCCACGCCGAUGACGCUGGAAGGCACGGAGAAGUCGUCUGCAUCGCAGUGGUCGCUGAGCAUGUCGACCACGGUGCUGGACCUGGAGGUGCUGGAGUGUAUCUACGACCGCCCCCAAGACCAAGAGCAAGCCAGCUUCUCGCUCAAGGAGGUGCAGUUCAGUGAGAUCCUGUCGUCCCUCACGAAGAGGGAGGAGAGCACGGGUGGCGACCCCAUGGAGCCGUUUCUCCGGCUCAAGUGCGAGCACCUUGAGAAGACAAGCCAGGCGCGAGGGGUCCGCGAGCCCUUCACUUCCAUCGUGGUGGAGCUGGGCCCCACCCGGAUGGAGGUGGACCGAUCCCUGAUGGACCGCAUCUACGCCCUGCUCCACCCGCCGGCGCAGUUUUCCACGCCCAGUCGCAGGAACGCCGACAUCUGGAGCACCUCGCUGCACCAAAGCCAAGCACACACGAGCCUCUCGGCCUGCAGGACCAACGUGCGGGUGCACAGCCCCUUGGUGAAGGUUCAUCUCAGGUUUCCGGUGCCAGACCUGCGUCCCCAGUACGACAUGGGUCGCGCCCCCUGGUGGCAGAGGAACAUCCGCCCCGACAUUCUCACCCUGGAACUGACAGAGCCGACGCUGUCGACCUCGUUUGAGGAUGCCGAACCCGAUCUCAAACUGGUGCUCGUCUGUAAGGACGCUCACGUCUUGUACCAGGAGUCCCCGCUGUCCACGCCAGUGUCUUUCCUCAGGGUGUUCCUCGACCCCAAGGUCAAAGAGGACGGAUUCGACUGGCCCAGGGUGGAGAUGGUGAUCAGCCCGGAGAAGAAGCUGUCGCCCCUGGAGACGGAGGAGAAGGAGGAGUCGAUGCUGCCCUCCAUGCUCCUGGACACCAUGCUGGUGCAAGUGGACAAGGAUCUCGACUCCCCCUUCGCCACCCGCCAGGUCUUCUACCACGGCAACCACAGCUCGGGCAGCCCCCCCUCCGCAAAGGACAGCGUCGCCGAGAACGACGAGGUGAUCCUCCCCGGAGACAAGGCUUCGUUGCGUUCUUUCAUGGACAAGACAAGUAAUAACUGCAGGGUGCUGCUCGACUUCUCAUUGCCGUCGGUGAAUCUCUGCUUCCCGGACAAGCACUUCUACGAGGUGAUCUACAACCGCCUGACAAUGGAUCUGGUGCUGUGGGAACCGCUGGUGCUCCAGCCCAGUUGGCAGGCAGAGAGCUCGGGUGGCGCCAGCAUCCGAGCCCCUUUUGCCCACCUGGACGUGCCGGGUCAGGUCAACCAGGACAGCUUCCAGAGGUUCUCCAUGUGUCGCUCCAACCUGCUUGUCGAGUCCGAGGACGAGGACGACACGGCCAUGUUCCAGUCCAUGUACGAGAACAGGCAGCGCCUGCUGCCGCGGAGGGACAAGCCGGCCUUCCGCGGCGUCCAGAGCCAGCUGGUGAUCAACGUCACCGUCACCGAAGGCCUCGCCACCCUCGUCACCCCGCUCCGGGACGCGCAAGGCAACGUGCUCCCUCAGCUCCACGGAGAGAUGCAGCUACUGGUCAGCGACGGUCAGCUGUUUCUGAGUGCCUGCCACCGCAACGACCCCGAGCUCAACUACGUGGUGCUCAGCGCGGGCAAAGCCAAGCUGCACCACAAAGGCCAAAUCUGCGGGGUGUUUGAGAACUCGGUGCUGCAGCCCCAGUCUCUGGAGCCGGCCGCGCACCUCCUGGCGGUGUUGUAUGCCUCCGCAGACGGCGUGGCGCCAAAGACGUCCCCGACGCUCUCCGGCGACGCCGACGCUCUCGACGCGGUGUCGGUCGUCAUCAAGACGUGCGCGGAUGCGAAGGAGGGCCUCAAGACAAUCAAGGUGGCCGUGGGGCUCCAAGGGACGACGCUGCGGCACCGGGUCUCGCCGUUCCGCCAGAGCUGGGUGCGCCAGUUCACGGACUUCUUUGACGUGGUGGACUACCCCGUCCUGGGAUACGUGCCCCUGGGGGUGGUCACGGAGCUGCACCUCAACCUCUGCAACUGCGCCAUCGACUACAGGCCACUGUACAUACCCUACCAGUCUGUGGUGACGAUGGAGAACUUCAGCAUUUCAAGCAACCUUGCAGGGAAGACAUCGACAUCUUUGCUUAGGAUCAUUGCAGAGGAGGUGUGCCUGUACAUUUCCGACAAGCAGACGAGAGAGGAGCCCAACCUGGCUCAGGACUAUGUGUGCGUGGUAGACACUGGUUUGUUUGACCUCACGCUUCGGAUGACGGACGCGCCUGACCGGGGCCAGCCAGUCAUCGACCUGAGAGCAUCGAACAACAUUGUCCACGUGCGGACCUGCGCCGAUUCGUGCCGUGCCCUGCAGUGCCUUCUUGCCUACUUUGCUGGCGACGGCGAUUUGAUCGACGAGGCGGCCGCUUCGACCGACGUGACCACGCCAGAGAAUCUGACCAGCCUGUCCCAGUCUCAGGCGGACCACUUCGACAGUCUAAUGGCGGAAGCCAUGAGGGAGUCGAGCGGAUCGGGCUCGGGAUCUCCGAGCCCCAGUAGCGACGGGGAGUCCCCUCCCUCCUUCAUGAGGGUGGACAGCAGCGACAACAACGAAGAUUUUGAUGACGCCUACGAGGAGGCCAGGGAGCACCAUCGUCCGGAGCCGGACUUCCGGACCCCGGAGUCUCCCAGGAAGAGGUCGCACGGGAGGGUUGCGCCUGCUCCACGUGAGCAAGAGUCCGACUCCUCGCCGGACGAGGAGUUCUGCAUCCUCGAGAAUGAUCCGGGUACCGGCAUUGUCCCUCGCAGUGGUGAGCCGCGGGUGCGUCUGCUGGUGACGGAGCCCAUCCAGCUGGUGGAGAACUACUUCACGGUGCCCGUGCGCAAGACGGACCAGCUCCGGGCGCCCAAGGACUUCCCUCCGGCCGUGCAGAAGUACAGUCUCCGGGAGAUGUCCCUUGUGUGGCACCUCUACGGUGGCAGUGACUUCGGCGCCACAAAUUCCAGGUCGGCGAACUCGUCGGAGAAGGACGCGAACUUCAGGGAGGACGACGAUCCCUUUGAGAAUUACGGGAAUGUGAUCCUGGAGCAGUGCGGGGGCAGCGCGUCGUACAGCAAGCGCGGCAGCAAUGCCGAGUUUGUUCCACAGUCGCCGUCCACCCCGCGGCGCCACGCCGAGUGGGUGGGGGGGCCCGGCAGGCGGAACGACGUCCUCAUGGAGCUGCAGAUGAACAAGAUCCAGUUCCAGCACGAGGAGUACCCUGAGGACACCCUGCAGGCGUCUCGGCAGGUGCUCCUCAUCCAAGACGUGGAGAUCCGGGACCGCCUGGCGGCCUCCAAGAUCAACAAGUUCCUGUACCAGUACGCCUCGGAGACCAUGCCCAGGCAGUCGCACGCCAACAUGGUAGUGGUGAAGCUGCUUCACAUCCGGCCCGACCUGAAUGCUCCAGCCCGCGAGUGCAGCAUACGGGUGUCGCUCAAGCCACUCAGGUUCAACAUUGACCAGGACGCCCUCCUCUUCCUGUACGAGUUCUUCUCGAAGGUGUCGUCAGUGUCCCCGACUGUGUCGUCCGCUUCCUCGUCCGUCGACCUCUCGGAUCCCGUCAAAACGAGUGGCGUGGAAGAGAAGCGCGUCCAUUUUCCGAAAGAUCCCCAGCUCUCCUCGUGUGUCCUGGUGCCCGGCGAACCCGCGGGUCAGCUUCUGGUACUGGUCAGGGACGAAGACCCCAAGACCGCGGAAGACUUGGUGUCUCCGGCAGGAUCUAGCUCCAGUUCGGGCCCCGUUCCCCUCUUCAUCAGGUCUUUUGUGUUUUCCCCGGAUGUCCCUAUUCGGUUGGACUACCACGGGAAAAGGGUAGCUAUGGACCAGGGUGCUUUAGCAGGGCUGCUCAUGGGACUUGGGCAACUGAACUGCCUUGAGCUCACACUCAAGAGGCUGUGCUACAGGCAGGGGUUGUUGGGGAUGGACAAGCUGCUGGCAUUUGUGCUCAACGAAUGGCUCAACGACAUCAAGAAAAACCAGCUGCCCAGCGUCCUCGGUGGAGUGGGACCCAUGCACUCCUUCGUGCAGCUGUUCAACGGGAUGCGGGACCUGGUCUGGCUGCCGGUGGAACAGUACCGGAGGGACGGCCGGAUCGUGCGGGGCCUCCAGCGUGGAGCAAACUCCUUCACGACCUCCACUGCCAUGGCCUGCCUCGAGCUCACAAACAGGAUGGUGCAGACCGUACAGGGUGCGGCUGAACUGGCGUACGACAUGCUCUCCCCCGGACCGAGCCUCAAGGUGGAGACGCAGGGCCGCUACCACCACCGGGCCAUUGCCAACGCGCAGCCCGUGGACAUCAGGGAAGGGGUGGCCAAUGCCUACCACGUUGUGACCGAGGGUCUGGGCGACACGGCCAGGACGCUGGUGCAGGCGGCGUCCCAGGAGCACCGGCAGAAGGGGGUGAGCGGCGCCCUGGGAGGGGUGCUGAGGCAGCUGCCCCCGACGGUGGUGCGCCCCAUCAUCGUGGCCACCGAGGCCACCUCCAGCGUGCUCGGAGGGGUGCGCAACCAGAUCCUCCCCGACGCCCACCGAGAGGCCGUCCAGAAGUGGCGGCAGGAGACCACCGCCAAGGGCACUCCGCUGGCCGCAGCAUCAAGGUAGGCGUCGGAACUGCGGCUCCCGAAUUCGAGACGCCAGAAGCCCUUGUACAUAGAGUCCGGCCUUCCUCCAGAGUCAAGGACGCUCGCCACAUUUAAUUUAACGAACCCACUGUGCUUAGCGUCGAGUGUGAACGAGCCAACCAUUGUCCAGGAAGUUUCUCAUACCUGCGAGGUUUUUUGUUGUUCUUGGAAUUAAUAUAAUCGUGCUCAUUAUUGGAGUGUGCCUAUUCUGCCGACGAGAGAAAGGAUGUGUGGAAGCGAAAACUGACUCUCCCGUCGUCCCCCCUUUUUGCCGCGUUGACUGACACCUGGCAUUUUUUUUAAGUCUGGCCUAAACCACAACACACUGUCGGGAUGGCGACUUUUCCUUCCCGCGAAGGCUGUUUGUAUGAAAUGGUGCUAGCUUUGAAAAGUUCUUCUGUGAGCGUUGCUGUUUGUUUUCUUGACAAUGCAAAGCUUGGAGCGAGGCAGCAAUUUAAUGCCUUUUUUUUUUUCUCGGUAUAGUUAUUUGUUUGCGAGUGUGAAGUUUUUUUCUACAAUAAAUGUGUCUGGAUUCUUG